UUUCUCUUCUUCUCUGCUUUCCCGCGGCUGUCGCCCCUCCUGGGUCAGAACGUCGGACCUCGGCUGACUCUUUACGCGUCCCGCGACGAUCUUGUGUUGGGGCCGCCCCUCUGUCUCGAAUUCUCCGUCCGUCUCCGUCUCCGUUUUCGCACAUCUAUACUUUUUCCUUCUUUCUCUCGUUUCCUUCCCGCUCCUCCACUCUGCUUCCUCUCUCCGAUCCCUCACGAAGCCGUCCUCUCCGAGCUUGCGACAGCCUCUCCUCGGCGAAGACCUCUCCUUUCCGCGCUGUCCACCUCGCGGCUUCGCGCUGUACAGACACUCGACGUUUUUCUCCCGUGGCCUCCUCGUGGAUCUGCGGUGUAUGUACACCCGGAGAAGGUCGACGCAUGGGCGUUGAUCGACCGGGUUUUCCCAGAGUUUCCGUUUUCCACAGUUUCACGCUCGCCUGUCCGUCGCUGGGCGAACGCUGUCGUCCGGUUUUCCGCAACCACGCAUUUGGACUUCUCGCUUUCCGAGGCUUCCCAGAGAAAGUGGCAUCGACGCGCUCGCGGCGUUUUUUCCCUCUUUCUGGCGCCCACCCUCGUAGGUGAUCUCCGAGACGAACUCGUUGUCUGCAGGCGAACGCCCUUCUCAGACGCCUCGCCAUUCUCGCUCUUCAAAUUCCUUCUCUCUUCUCUCUGGCGUCGACCCAACCAACGCGAACUCCCUCUAGGAACCACUCUCUGCGUUUCUGAAGCAGUUCACGUUUUUUCCGGGUUCCGCCGAAGACGAGAGGCGCCCUGUAGACUCUGCCUUCUCUCUCAUAGGACUCUUCCCCCUGACCAGUAGACAGCUGUUUCUCUGUGAAACCUCUCGCUCUUUGUUUUCUUUGUCAAAAUGCCGCCCAAGAAGAAGGACGCGAAGGCCGAACGCGGCAUGCAGAAGGCCGCCGAGAGGGAAAAGCAGAAAAUCGUCGAAGACAAGACGUUCGGGCUGAAGAACAAAAACAAAAGCAAGGCAGUGCAAAAAUACAUCAAGGGCGUCCAGCAGCAAGUCAAAGGGCCAAUGAAGGGCGGCGAGCAAGCGCUUGUAGCGAAGAAGAAGGAGGAGCAGGAGAUGAAGAAGCGCACGGCACAGCAGCAGGCGCUCUUGGCUUCCCUCUUCAAGGGCACGGAAAAUGUGAAGAAGAUAGCAGAAGAUUCGUGCACGGUUGGAACGUACGAUCCCAAGGCGAGCAAGGAGGGACAAAAAAUCAAUCUGUACACCGACCAGAGACAGCAGAAAAUGGAAACCAUGGACGACUGGGAUCAGGAGAAGCUGGAGCAAGUUAUCAAGACGAAACACACGCGGGGGAACGAACAGAACGCGACAGAAAUCAUCUGCAAACACUUCCUGGACGCCGUCGAAAAAAGGCAGUACGGCUGGUUCUGGACGUGCCCCAAUGGUGGCGAUGCUUGCAGAUAUCGACACUGUCUUCCUCCUGGCUACGUAUUGAAGCGAGACCAGCCCGUCCAAGAAGUCGACGAGGAGGAACCGAUCGAAGUGAUCGUCGAGAGAGAACGAGCUGCGCUGCCCGCAGGCGGCACUCCCGUGACGCUCGAAACGUUCACGGCUUGGAAGGAGAAGAAGGAGCAAGAACGCAUUGCGGCUGUGGAGGCGCAGAGACAGGCCGAGGCCAAGAAGGGCGGCAACCGCGGCUUGCAUGUGCUGACUGGGCGUGACUUGUUCCAGUACGACCCGUCCCUGUUCGUCGACGACGAAGGCGCUGCCGGCGAGGCGGACUACGAAGAAGACGAAGCUGCCUGGGAGGCAGUCAUCAACCAAAACCAAGAAACGAUCGAUCGCGCAAACCGCGAGGCCCAGGGAGGCGACGAAGAUGGUUCUGAUGGCGAGGCUGAUAGCGAGAAGAGAGAAGCGACGACUGGCGACGACAGUCCCGGACCGCGAACAAUCAAAGAGGACCUUUUCCUGCAGGACGACGAAUUGCCCGACGAUCUCGACGCGCUGGACGAGUAACUCGCGACCUGUACGCAACCUCCGUCUCUGUGUCUUGCAGCUUUCCAUUCCGGUGCUCCCGACCAUCUUUGGCUUUCUUCGCUUUUGCUUUUUCUUGCACUGCUUUCUUCUGGCCGCUGGUGUGCUGUCGGAUUCCCUGUCGUGUGUCUUAACUCCGAGUCUGCCUGCGUAUGUCGACGCCCAGGUCUCACAUUUGUUCUUUGUAGCUAGGCUAGCUGCAGCUGCAUCCGAGAGCCACUAUUUGUCGUCUCGUUGUCUCCUCACCACGCGUUCCAUUAUUGAUCAGAGGUGCUUCUUGGACGGGGCAUCUGGUGCGCCUGCGAACUCCAGGAGGCCCUUCUCUCGCUUGCGGUUUCCUCUAUAUCGGCCGCCUAGGUGAGGCGUCGGAGAAGACGAAUUUGCUGUUUUUCCGCAAAUGUGGGAGUGAAAACAGGAAACAAAGGAACUUCUUGUGGCGGUCAUACAGGGUGGGCGCGACACAGUGUGGAGUCGGCAGCUUUGAUGUUGUGGGUGUCGUGUCAGUGGCCAAUAUACGGCCCCUGAAUAUCAGUGGAAGCACCCGCGCUGUCGGCAAGUGCAUAGAGGAUUCCGCUUGUAGACAGAAGUAUGAGUAUGUUUUUUAUUUUGGACGUCUCCGGGCUCUUCUGUUGCGGAAGAGCACGCGCGCCGAGAGGGUGGGUCGCAUCGCCGCGUGGACGAUUCCGUAUGUUAACAGAAGAACUUGCAGUGUUCACUCGGUGCGCGUCCUCACUCCGGCCGGGCCUGCAUAAAACGGAAUUCGCUAGAGGACAAAAAAAGGAAUGGGGUAAGAUGGCGUUUUUGCACGACUGCGCCACGGGAGGAAAACAACAGUUGGCCAGGAAGCACGGAGUUCGAUUGCUCUAUUCUUGUUUUUUCUGUCUUUUUUUCUCACCUUGGUCUACCUCUUGGCAUUCAUCGCUUUUCGUUGCACGGAGCAGGUGAUGGGGGACUGAGAUCCGGUCCACCAAUCUCCUCCCGGGGCUUUUGUGAUCAUUUCUUCUUUCCAUGGUCUGUCCUCAACUUGGCAAUGCGACGCUGGCUUCGACUUCUCUUCUCCGUCUGAAAAAGCGAGAACUCUGAACCCUGCUUGA